AGCUAGACAACACAACACGGCAGAUUAUUAGUGAAGCACUACUUUCACAUUCAAAGAAAAAUGCAGACGGUUCAUACUCAGCUCAGUACGGGCAGAUCAACACGCUUGCUGCAGAAUAUAAUGUGUCCAGAAAAACAGUGAGCAACAUAUGGGCCAUUGCAAAGAAACAAAUAGAGCAGGGCAUUGCCAUUGAUGUGAGAAGCAAACUAGCAGGAAACAGUGGCAGAAAAAGGGCAGUGAUGGAUAUAAAGGCUAUAGCAGACACUCCCCUUCGGAAGAGGACUAAUGUAAGAUCAUUAGCAGCUGCCAUUGGUAAGCCUAAAUCAACUGUUCAUGAGUGGAUUAAAAGAGGUCUACUUAGGAGCCAUUCUAAUGCUAUAAAACCAUACCUCACAGAUGCCAAUAAAAUUUCAAGGCUCAGGUUCUGUUUAGAUCAGGUAGAACCCUACAGCAUGCCAAUCCACCCUAGGUUUAAGAGUUUUCAAAAUGUUUUGCACAUUGAUGAGAAGUGGUUCUUUAUGUCUAAAACAUCUCAGAAAUUUUAUCUCCUUCCUGAUGAAGCAGACCCAUACAGGGCAUGUAAAUCAAAAAGGUUCAUAGCUAAAGUGAUGUUUCUGUGUGUGGUUGGGAGACCACUAUUUGGGGAUAAUGGAGAAGUGUUAUGGGAUGGCAAAGUUGGCAUAUUUCAUUUCACAGAAAAAUGCAAAGCCAAAAGGAAGAGCAAGAACAGACCCAAAGGGGUGUUAGAGGUGAAACCAAUAACUAGUGUUACCAAAAAGGUCACAAAAGAUAUGCUCAUCAAUAAAGUGAUACCAGCAAUCCAAGAAAAAUGGCCCUCACAUUUAUCUAAAGACAUACACAUUCAGCAAGAUAAUGCAAGGCCACACAUUCAAGGAGUGGAUUCAGACUUUAUGGCAGCAGGUAACACAAAUGGGUUUCACAUAACUCUACACAACCAACCCCCUAACUCCCCAGACUUGAAUGUCUUGGAUCUUGGAUUUUUCAGAGCCAUCCAGUCUUUAAAAGAUCAGUGUGCUCCAAGUACUGUGGUAGAGUUAUUAGAGGCAGUGGAAGGAGCAUAUGAUGCUCUAAGUCCACAAACCCUAAACAAGAAGCCAGAGUCAAAAAGUGAAGAGUGGGCUUUUGAACAUGAAAUGGUUUGUGGUUUCAUUCGUCAGUGGGUAGAUGAUAAUGUCCCGAAUCACAUCUACAAUGAAUCUCAUGCUAGAACUCUGUGGGACAAGCUUGAAUCCUUGUAUGCAUCAAAAACAGGGAAUAACAAGCUAUACUUGCUUAGGCAAGCUAUGAAUCUGAGAUUCAAGGAAGGUUCUUCUAUUUCUGACCACUUGAAUGAAUUUCAAGGGUGUUUUUAUCAGUUGUCAGACAUGGGCGUAAAGUUCGAGGAUGAGAUUUUGGGGCUUUGGUUGCUGAAUACUUUGCCUGAUUCUUGGGAAAGUCUUCGUGUGUCUUUGAUUAGUUCUGCUCCCGGUGGUACAGUAACUAUGGAGUAUGUCAAAGCUGCCAUUCUGAAUGAAGAAGUGAGACGUAGAACUCAUGAGACAUCUACUUCAAAAUCCGAUGUCUUGGUUACUGAAAAUAGGGGGAGAAGUAAAAAUAGAGAUUAUGGAGAAUUCAAAAAGGGCAAGAGCAGGAGCAAGUUCAGAUCAAAAUACCAAAAUGUUGAGUGCCACUAUUGUCAUAAAAAGGGGCAUUUGAUGAAAAAUUGCUUCAAGCUGAAGAACAAAGACAAGAACAAGCCAGAAGGGAAAGAUGGUGAAAAUGAUCGUCAUGUUGCUACCACGACUUCGGGUGAUCUGAUAGUUGUUUCUGAUAACGACUUGAUUAAUGUUGCCUCUGAUGAAUCAAGUUGGGUUAUUUAUAGUGGUGCCGCUUCCCAUGUGACGUCAAGGAAAGAUUUCUUCACAUCUUAUACUCCAGGUGAUUAUGGGGUAUUGAAGAUGGGUAAUGAUGGUCGUUCACAGGUUGUUGGCAUUGGAGUUGUGGUCCUGGAAACAAAAACUGGGAUGAAGUUAGUGUUGAAGAAUGUCAGACAUGCACCAGAUAUUCGCUUAAAUCUAAUAUCUACUAGUGUCUUGGAUGAUGAAGGUUAUAUGAGUACCUUUGGUGAUGGGCAAUGCAAACUCAAUAAGGGUUCUCUUAUUGUGGCUCGUGGGAAGAAGUGUUCAGGUUUAUACUCGACCAAUGCUUCAGUCUCUAUUGAUUCUGUCAAUGCUGUCGAGAGUGAUAGUUGUUCAGAAUUAUGGCAUAGAAGAUUGAGUCACAUCAGCGAGAAGGGUCUUGAUUGUUUAGCCAAAAAGAAUGUUCUGUCAGGAGUGAAGGAUGCAAAUUUAAAAAGACUUUAUGAUCCUGUUGAGAAGAAGCUUGUCAGAAGCCGUGAUGUUAUCUUUAUGGAGGAUCAGAAUAUUGAAGAUAUUCAGAAGAUGGAGAAGUCAGAGUCUCAAAGUUAUGAUGAUCUUGUUGAUUUGAAUCCAACUCCCGUGGCUCAUACGCCUAAUGCUACCAAUGGAGAUCAGAAUGAUGAUAACAGUCAUGUUCCACAUGAUUUUACCGAUGGUAAUGUUGAAGAAGAAUCAAAUGAGGCUUUGCCAAAGGGGAAGUUUGAAACUUGUUGUUUGAUUGCCAGUUUGGCAACCACCUCCACAUAGUCGGGAGAGGGGAGAUUUGUUGGGUUUGGGCUCCCAACUAUGUGUUUUAAAAGCCCAUUUGGAGUGUAAUACUCAAGCCCAAUUUUAAUCCACUUUUGAUGGCCAAUUAAGGGUCUAAAUUAUUGAGAGGUACAGCUGGUUGGAUAUAUAAUUCACGCACAAAAGAAAGGAGAAAAACAGCCGUAAGAGGAGAGGAAUCCGCUGCCUUUUUCUUCAAAACGCAGGUCUGGUUUUUUGGUUGAUUGGAGGUCCAAAUCUUGUCCGAUCGAGCUGAAAUUUUAGGAUGAGUCUAAGGACUCGUAGAGCUUCAAUCUGAACGGUGGAGAUCGAAUUUCAACGGUUCAAUCUCAAGUUAUGAGCUUCGCACCAGCUGCUGUUUUUUUGGUGAUUUCUUGCACUUUUGUUCCUCUAUUUUGAUUCUAGUGCCUUCGUAGUGUUGUUAAGGGCUAGAUAUCAUUGUGGUGCUAUUAUAUUGUGCAUUUGUACUCUCAAUUUGGUGGUAGUGGAGUUGGUUGGACCGAAGGGUCUCGUGGUUUUUUACACUUUCACAUUGAAAGGGUUUUCCACGUUAAAAUCUCGUGCCUCAUAUCGCUUUAUUUUUUGUGCUUGGAUUAUCUUGUUGCUUGGUGUUCUUUGGUGUGUUUGUUUGUUGCUCCUCACAGAUUCAUUCAAGAGGGAAAUGUGUUGAUCUUGGGCACUACACAUUCAUUUAUGUUCUUGCUUUCCCAACAAGUGGUAUCAGAGCGCUGGAGUAAUCUGUUAUUUGUCUUGAUUGAAUGAUGGGGCCAAAUUACAGCAGGAUGAUCAGUUUGAAUGGCACAAAUUAUCACAAAUGGAAGGGUAAAAUGAAGGAUUUACUCUUUGUGAAAAAGCUGCAUCUACCGGUGUUUGCUACUCAGAAGCCAGAGUCAAAAAGUGAUGAAGAGUGGGCUUUUGAACAUGAAAUGGUUUGUGGUUUCAUUCGUCAGUGGGUAGAUGAUAAUGUCCUGAAUCACAUCUACAAUGAAUCUCAUGCUAGAACUCUGUGGGACAAGCUUGAAUCCUUGGAUGCAUCAAAAACAGGGAAUAACAAGCUAUACUUGCUUAGGCAAGCUAUGAAUCUGAGAUUCAAGGAAGGUUCUUCUAUUUCUGACCACUUGAAUGAAUUUCAAGGGUGUUUUGAUCAGUUGUCAGACAUGGGCGUAAAGUUCGAGGAUGAGAUUUUGGGGCUUUGGUUGCUGAAUACUUUGCCUGAUUCUUGGGAAAGUCUUCGUGUGUCUUUGAUUAGUUCUGCUCCCGGUGGUACAGUAACUAUGGUGU